AAAAUGGUACGUGGCAACUCGCUACCACAUGACCAAGGCUCGCCGCAAUUCGAACUUAGUGUUAAACUUGCAGGUGUUGAGGAAGGUUGUCUCGCACCCCCUGCCUGAUUCUCGUGUCACGUGGGCCAUUCUAUUUUCUGACCCUAUGGACCUGGGAAAUCGAAUUGGAUAGAAAACUGACACAGCCGAGCUCGAAGUGUAGCAAAACUUUUAUAAGUAUUUGGGAUAACAGGAUACGCUAUUGUCGAAGUUCGGCGCAACGUCUUUUUGCGAGAGGAACUUCCGAGCGCCGCGACCAGAUUCGAUUGCCCUGUGAACAAGGAAAAAAGAAGGACGCCAGCGUUGGGCCACAGCAACCUUUCUUCGUCCUCCUCACACGGUGCGAUCGACGAUGGCGGCGGCGCGGUCGGAGGCGUCGGGCAAGCUGCCGGCGCUGACGCGGCAGCUGCGCUACACGGGCCUGUUCACCUCGCAGAUGGCGCCCACGUCGCGCGCCUACUGCAUCCUGCUGAGCUUCUUCGUGGGCGUGCUCAUGCUCACCGCCGGCUCCGUGUUCUACCACGUGAUCCUGAUCCGCCCCAUGAGCGGCAGCCACCCCAUGCACAUCCUCGGCUCCUUCUUCGUCGCCUGGAGGUACGGUUUCGAUGACGGGGACGACAGCCUCGAAGACGACUUGUACUCCUUCGCCAAGGACGACGUCCUCGA